GCAGCUAAAUAGAGAGGGUGUAGGAUAAGAUAAUAAAUACAAAUCGGAAGGGAAAAAAUAAAUUAAUCAGAGAAAAAAGGAGAGCCGUCCGAUUUAGGGUUUGUGCUCCGCCGCGAUGCCGAAGAAUAAGGGUAAGGGAGGUAAGAAUCGGAAGAGGGGAAAGAACGAAGCCGAUGAUGAGAAGAGAGAGCUGGUGUUUAAGGAAGAUGGGCAAGAGUACGCGCAGGUGCUGCGUAUGCUUGGUAAUGGCAGAUGCGAGACCAUGUGCAUCGACGGCGUUAAACGCCUCGGCCAUAUCCGCGGCAAGAUGCACAAGAAGGUCUGGAUCGCCUCCGGCGAUAUCGUCCUCGUCGGCCUCCGCGAUUAUCAGGAUGACAAAGCGGAUGUGAUAUUGAAAUACAUGCCGGAUGAAGCUAGGUUACUGAAGGCUUAUGGUGAGCUGCCAGAGAGUACAAGGCUUAAUGAGGGUAUCGCUGGUGGGCUUGACGAAGAGGAUGAUGGUCCAGGCGACGAUUACAUUGAAUUUGAGGACGAUGAUAUCGACAAACUCUAAACUCUGCUCUUUUGACAUGGAUCGAGUCUUCUAUGUGAAGAUCUUUUCUUGCCUUUCAAAAGUUAUAUUUGUUGCCUCUUGGAUUGUUUUUGUGCACAAAAUAGAGGGGUGAUUUUGUGUGAAAUGAUGUUCAAUCGAUGUGGUGAAGCUAUAUUUGUCGGUUUUUUUUAAAUAUAAUUAUUGUACGGCCCUUUUCAUUGAUGCGAUAACGGUGAGCUGCGUUUAAACUGUUUUUGGUAAUUUGAAUUAUCAUCAUCUGAAAUAUUGUUGCAAUAAAGGCUGACUUGGUUUA